AUGGUGACCUUCUGGGACCUGCCGGCGAUUGGAACCCCACAUUUUCGGACACACGCUUAUCUGAAACAAGUGAAGUUCAGCCGCUAUGAUGUCUUCAUCAUCAUCGUCUCAGAGAGGAGCAGAUUGUCCCUCGACGAGCUGGCCCGAGAGAUCCACAGGAUGGGAAAGAAGUUUUUCUUUCUACGCUCCAAGGUGGACUUGGACCUGUAUACUGAGAAACACAAAAAGAGCUUCAAUGCAGAGAGAACCCUGGAGAACAUCAGAACUGACUGUAUCAAGAAGCUGCUAAGAGAAGGGAUGAGCUCCCCACAGGUUUUCCUUGUCUCGAGUAGGGAAUUUCAGAAAUACGAUUCUCCACAGCUGCAGAAGACUUUGCUAAAGGAACUCUACCACCACAAGAUGGAGACAUUCGGGGGCACUGAAGCCCCCAGGAGCAGUGGGACAGCAGAAGAUUCAGAAACUCACUGGGCUGGUUUGUUUUCAAAAUGGAGCAGUAAAUUGCCCGGUCUGUCGGAGGAGGAAACUGAAGAAUUCCAGAUGGCUGUCAAAGCUGGGAACCUCUCAAGAGCCUUUUCUGUUGUGAAGAAGUCUGAUGAGUUGUUAACAAAUAUCAAGAUCAACAUCGCCAUCACAGGGAACUCAGGCUCGGGUAAGUCAUCUUUCAUCAAUGCCAUAAGAAGCCUGAAUGAUGAUGACAGUGGUGCAGCUGAGACUGGGCUGGCAGGAAAGAAAAAGACUCCUUAUUCCGAUCCCAAGCACCCAAAUGUGAUUCUGUGGGACCUACCUGGGAUCGGAACAAUGAAUUUUCCAGCAGAAACAUACCUGAAGGACAUGAACUUUGAUCAGUAUGAUUUCUUCAUCAUCAUCGCAGCUGGGCGCUUCACAGAAGCUGACACCAACCUUGCCAAAGAAAUCAGCAGGAUGGGGAAAAAGUUUUAUUUUGUUCGCUCCAAGGUGGAUGUGGACUUGGCUAAUGAACAAAGAAAAAGAGAUUUCAAAGAGGAGAAAACUCUAGAGGCAAUUAGAAGUGACUGCAUGGAGCAGCUACAAAAAGCAGGCAUCAUCUCCCCACAAGUUUUCCUGGUGUCGAGAUGGGACUUUGACAAGUACGAUUUUCCCCGACUGCAGGAGGUUUUGGCAAAUGAACUCGACACUCACAGGAGACAUGUUCUCAUCUGUGCCCUGCCCAACACCUCUGAAGAAAUCUUGAAAGAGAAACAGAAGGUCCUGCAGGAACAGAUCUGGAAACAAGCCCUGAAGUCGUGCGCUCUCGCUGCUGUUCCUCUCCCAUUUCUCUCGGUUAAGUGCGAUGUCAACAUCUUGGUGGAGAACAUGAGGCAGUACUGCCAGUGCUUUGGCCUGGAUGAAGACUCACUCAAAUCACUCGCUAAGCAGGUUGGGAAGUCUGUUGCUGAGCUGAAGUCUGUGAUAAAGUCUGCUCUGGCCAGAGAUAUAACAAGAGAUGAGGCUUUGAAGCAACUUAGCAAGGCCACGGGGGAUAUGAUGAAACCUAAAUAUUUUAUCAGUGUGGUACCAGUGAUUGGCACUGGGAUUGCGGCAAAGAGAUCUUACAGCGUCACCUAUGAAAUGCUACGUAGGUUUUUGGAAGAAGUUGCAGAAGAUGCUCAACGAGUCCUGAAAAAGGCUUUGGAAGGAGCAGAGAAUAACCGAUAAGAAUGUCCCAAGGCAGAGCUUCUCCCCAGCUUCCCAAGAUAAACUGCCACAGUCCCAGUCUCAUUGGUGCAAUCUUAUUGUCCCAAAUUUAAACAAACCAAGAGACAAAAACCAUUCUCAGC